AGCACACGACAAACAUGGAAGAUGAAAGUAACUGUUGGCGGGUUUUAAAUUAAAAACUAUUUAAUUUAAGACGUUUGAGGGAAGACCAACUACCAAAUAUAGAUAUUGACAGCUUCACGGAAUCAAGAUGGGUAUAUUGAUCGCCAAGUUUCGCAACAAACCAUCAACAAUUGAUGUGUUAGAACAGAUUGAAAAGGAUAUUACUCGUCUACAGAAAUUUCGACUACGUAACCAACAGCAGCAGAAGAAGUUCAUUGGAUGCCUUAUUUUAUACUCGAUUGUUUUGUAUAUAAUCGCUGCCUUAGUGAUCUAUUUUGUCUACUUCCCACCUGACUGGAAAAACCGACUCAUCUACUCAUCACCUCUGCUUGUAUUCCCAAUGUUAAUUUGGCUGAUAAAGAAAUUUCUUCAUUGGUAUUUUGUUAAGAGGAUAACAAAAAAUGAUCUUGCAUUGAACGAAUUGCGAGAUAACAGAAAACAAAUUUUGGAAGAAGUCAUGGAAAAAGAGACCUACAAGAAAGCCAGGGAAAUUCUACAGAAAUUUGAUCCUGCCAGAUUUAAAGAGUUGGAGCCCCCAGUUCCAGCCACACCCAAAGUGUCUCCUCCAGGAUCAACUCUACGACACAGAGGAAACGCCUCAGGGACGCGGAUAUCAUCGCAGGAACAACAGAGAUUCCAACCGUCACACACACCAAUGCAGUCUGCCACCCCAGGUAUGAGGCCAGGUUUACGGCCUGGCAUGACUCCAGGGGCGCGGCCUGGAUUGACUGCUGGUCAGCGUCCAGGCAUGACUCCAAGGUUAAACACACCUAGACCAGCAGGCUCAGACACACCGCAGAUGACCCGACAGGGUGGCCUUCGACCUCGCAUGCUCAUGACACCCAUGCACAAUGGUAGAACUCCGGGGCCCCCUCUACCUCGUCCUAUCUUGCCGCGGGAGAGAAGUACCACAGACCGACUACUGGAGUACCUGGUGGGCGAUGGCCCUCAGAAUAGGUUUGCCCUCAUCUGUCGAUACUGCCAUAGUCAUAAUGGCAUGGCUCUGAAGGAGGAGUUUGAGUAUCUAAGUUUUCGAUGUUGCUACUGCUACCAGAUGAACCUGGCGAAGAAGCAGAAGCCUUACGCUCCAAAACUGGACACUGUUACAGCGACACCUGGUGUCCGACCUUUGCCGUCAGGAUCAGGUGUUUCAAAGCCUGGAGAAGAAGAAAGUGAAGACGAUGAAGAAGAAAGCAGUGAAGAAAGCUCAGAGACUAUGGAAGUAAAUGGUGAUGACAUUGCCACAACCAGUCAGCAUAAUAAAGAGGAAGGAGCAACCAAAGGUCAAAUAGAGGCCAGGAGUCAGGCAGAGGCCAAAGGUCAAACAGAGGUCAGGGGACAGACAGAGGCCAGAGGUCAAACAGAAGUAGAAACUAUCACCAGUUCAGUGGAAAAUACAGAGCAGGAUAUGGAAAUAGAUGGGGUGCAUGCUUUAGAUGAAGGAAAUGAAGUGGAUUCUGGUAAUGGAAGCAAUAUUGAUGAAAAUUCGAAGGAUGAAAUGCAAGAGGCAGAGGGUGUAUCUGAGAAAAAGAUAUAACCAGGGUUAGAUAUGACUGAGGAAGCAAUUGGAUUAAAUGGUAUUGCACAAAUCAUUGUAUCAUGGAAGUGGGAGGUAUUGGUAUGGUAUUGUGGUGGUGGGUUUAAGUCCAGAUGUGCCAACCAUUUCCCUAUAUCUAAUAUCUGGGCCCAGUUGGUCAAAAGGUGAUUAGCUUAAGCACUUGAUUAGUGAAAAUUUCAGUUUUCAUUUCUUGCAAAACCUCUGAGUAUAUCAUCUUUAAAUUAUGCCAGUUGGAAGAGAAUUAAGAAUUACAGAAUUUCAUAAAGUUUUGUCAAAUUUGUUCUCCCAGAAAUUUUAUAUCAGGAUUUGAAAAACGUUGUUAAAAUGUGAUUAGCCUAAUCUCCUUUUGAACAACUUGGCCGUGAUGGGUAGUGAGGCGUUUGAAGGUCCCUCACCCUUCCCAUAUAGAUGCACAUGUCAAUACAUCAGCAGAUUUAUAACAAUUUAAUGUAUAAUAUACCUGUUCAAUUUAAAGUAUACACCAUCUACACUAGUCAAGGAAAUUUGGUUCUGACUAUAAAUAGACAAUAAUUAAAAAUGCCUAACGUUCUAGGUUUAUAUAUACACAGUUGACUGUGGUAUUGCCUCACCAGUAAACAUGACCGAGUAUUCAAUUGGAGAACAGAGUUCAAUAACAUUGACUUGUGACAUCAUAAUCAGAUCCAGUACGAGUUUUAUGAUAUUAAAUGAAAUUCAGGAACGAUUUUCUUAAAUCUUUUACAUCGACAUUCGGUCCUAUUUAUGUAACAUAGCUUCCAUUUUUCAGUAGAAUUACAGGUGAACGAUACAGGCCCCAUGGGCCUCUUGUUCAGUAGAAUUACAUGCUUGCUACGCAACCAUUAUAGAUUUCAGAAUCAACGUUUCUUGCCACUGAUCUUCCUCAAAUGCUGUAAAAUGCAGUCUUUAGUUGUGAAGUCUGAAUUAUGUCGAUAAUCUGUUGGAUUUUAUCAGGUUCUAACAGGAGUGUCUCCUGACAAAUGUUGGUGGUAGCUUGCUUCAAAAGUCUCGAUAAAAAACCACAUCAGGGACUUGGAUAGAGAUUUAAAAAAAAAAAAAAAAAAAAAAAAAACAGAAUUCUCCAGCAAUAUGGAACCUUUAGUAAUAAAAUGUUGGUUGACCUACAACUAUCAUUCACCAUGAUUUAUCUUUAUUUUUCAUACCAAUUUUCUAAAAUAACACCAGAAGUUGUUUUUCAUUUGCGCUAGAAAUUUAUUCAAGAUGAUAAAUUGUAUGAAAUAACUGUUACCAGGGUAUCAUUUUCCACGUUUUGCCUGAAAUCCAAGAUGGCUGACUUGACAAACAGCUGUCUUCCAAAAUUAAUUUCAACCAAGUUUUGUCAUUUUGGGGUUAAUCAAUGUCCAUUUUUUAGAGUUUUGACAUUUUGAACUUGAAAUCCACAUGCAGUAUAUUCCAAGACUUUCCAGGAAUGAUCCGAGAUCUUUUUCUUUUCAUCCAAGUCAGAAAACCAAGUGGCUGUCAUAUUGGCCAUCUUUAAAACAGCUUUUUUUUUUUUAUUUGAAAUCAGUUUGAAUUCACAAACCGAUAGCCCACCAAGUGUUAAUCUUCAGGUAAAAUGUAAAUCCAACUUGCUUAUUUUGUGGGUGGCCAUCUUGAAACAAAUUACCCGGGUACCCAAUUAUUUGCAUGCUGUCAACAAGUUACUUCUCAAAAUCUAUCCAAAAGAUUUAUUUUGUUAUAUUUUUGAUAUCGGAAAUUAUCCAUUGGGUAAUACAAUUGUAUCUUGUAUCCUCACUCCAGUGAUAUAUAUAUAUAUAUAUAAGAAAUCUUGUAAUUAUAGCGCUGACUGUCUAGAAUGUUCCUAUUUCAAUUUGCCAUAUUGAAAUCCACCGAUUUUUCUGUGUAAUGAAGUAGAAGUAGCAUACAUGACUGUUUUGCCCCAUACAAAUUUGUAUUUAGCAGCAUUUCAGUAUAAAGCAAUACUUUCGAGGUCACAAUGGUGAUCUUGUUGUGUCAAGCUGUCCAUUCAAAAAGACACAGUUUUAAAGUCAUAACAAUACAAUGUCUAAGAUUCCCAUUGUUAAUUCAUGCAGGAUCAAAAUUCUGUAGUUGUAGAAAACUCAAUAGUUUCUCAUCGAAUACCUGAUAUAAAAUGUGCAGUUUACUCGUAUAACAGAAUAUACUGAUAUUUUCCACUCAUACUUUGAUUGAUACUCGUAAAAAAUAUUGAUAUUCUGUCUGUAUUGAGAUAAAAAUGGAGGAGGCUUUAUUGUAUGUAUUUUUGAGUAAAUUGUUUAUUACUUGUUGAAUGAGUAAUUAUCAAAAACAAAUCCACAAGUUUAAAUGAAAUGUAAAAAAUGGUAUUAUCUAAUUGUAAUGUACAUUAAUUGUGUUAGAAUACCGUACUAAUUAUUCUGAAAGUGGUAUUUAGAAAUAGAAUUCUAUCAAUUUGCUGUUGAAAUAUAAUUUAUUUGUGGUGUUGUGUGUGUAUGGUAGAGUCAUGAUUUAGGAGUGUUUUGUUACAUCCCACCAUUAAAAACUGAUCUAGUGUAAGAGAUAUACUUCAUAUCAUGUAAAUUGGUUUGGUUUUGUGUGUUUUGUGUAUUUUUUUGUUUGUUUUUGUUUUCGUGGCUGUUGUUUGGUAUUUAACCUAUCAUUCUGGUUCUGUAGUGUGUAUUGUAUCUGGUUCUGUACAAAUCCUACAUAUCCAUUCAAAACAUGAACAUCAACUUCAUAACAUGAACCAAAACUUUUAAACAUGACAAAGACUUGAAAACAUCAAAACAUGAACACUGACUUUGAAACAUGAACACCAACAUCAUAACAUGAAAACAUGAACCUAAACUUCAAAACAUGAAUCCAAGCUUCAAAACAUGAACACCAACUUCAAAACAUCAACCCAAAUUUCAAAACAUCAACCCGAACUUCAAAACAUCAACCCAAACUUCAAAACAUGAAAACAUCAACCCAAAUUUCAAAACAUCAACCCAAUCUUCAAAACAUGAACUUAAACUUCAAAACAUCAACCCAAACUUCAAAACAGGAAAACAUGAACUCAAACUCCAAAACAUCAACUCAAACUUCAACACAUGAACUUAAGCUUCAAAAUAUGAACACCAAUUCAAAAUAUGAACACCAACUUCAAAACAUGGACACCAUAUUGAAACAAUUGAACACAAAGGAAGGGGAUCGUGUGACGAUAAAUAUACACUGGUACCCUCCUCGGUUACAUCCUUUAUGUACUUUGUGAGCAAAGCGCAGUCCUGGAAGAGGGUAGGAAACUAAGGGAGGGAACCGGUCUAGAAUAGAUAUGGCAUGUCAACCUUUCAACAUGUCACUGAAAAAGUAAGAAAAUGUCAAAUAGAUCUAGAAUCGGAAUCACAUGGUUAGAUGGAAGUGUGUCAUGUCUUUGAUAAAUUGUCUUUUGUUUGCUAUGCUUUGCUCUAAUCUUUUUCUUCUUUACUUCCUUCUAGUUUCCUUUUGAUGUUUCCACAAAAUGUACAGCAUUCAUGUUUCCACAAAAUGUACAGCAUUCCUGUUUCCACAAAAUGUACAGCAUUCAUGUUUGCUAUUAAUAGUCGUUGUGUAUUGUAGAAAUGCUUUCUUGUUAUUGUGCGAUAAUGUAGAUUUGGUCUGCGCAAAUAUAAAACUGGCAGAAAUGUGGUCAGACUGCCUUGUGAAUUUGUUUCAUGUCCCCAAUAUACCAGUACUGUUGUCAGAGCCGUAACAUGUUGCCCUCUGUCACAAUUUUUGUGAAGCAGUUAUUCAGAGUUCAUCAUGCAAUUAAUGGGAUGCUGAUCAAGUUAUUCCUGCGUCAAGCAACAUUACUGUGCAGUCAAAACAAAACAAAAUCAUUAAAUUGUAUAACUUUGAAUUAUGAAAUGGCCAGUUCCAUUUCCAUCAAAGUAGAUGGGGUGUGCCUGCUUCAAAAACAUAUUUCUGAUAUAUCAUAUACCUACAUGUGUACAUAUUUUUUUUCAUUUCUCUAUAACAACUGGAUCUCUAGUCAGAGAAUCACGCCAUGACAUUUACAAUAAUGUAGGCUAGAUAUGUACAUUCACCACCCCACCUAAGACGUUGAUUUUGACAAAAUAAUAAUGAUAAGUCACAAUUAAGUGCUCAUAUAGUUAACUCAUAACUGUAGUUUUGAUUUAGUGCUGCCUUAGGGCUACCUUAGUGCAAUAAGUUCAAAAGAAAAGUGUCAUUAUGAGUCCCUGUGACAUUUACAUGUAUUUAUUGAAAUGUUUUAUAAUCAUUCCAAAGACAUCCAGCACAUAACAAUGAACACCUAUUGGUAUACAAAUGUACAUUGUUUGAUAACACCUUGAUCUAGAUGUACUUUAAAAAAACAAAAAAAAUCUGUUUUUGUUUUUUUGUGUGUUAAAGAUGCUACACCUCCAACAACUUUUUUAUAUAUCUCUAUAUACACACAUACACAUAUAUUCUUGUCGCAAAAAUUCACAAAUUGGUGUUAUGAUACAUCAAAGAUAAAAAAAAAAAGAAGCUCAAACUUUUUGCAGGUUGAUACUAAUGUAUGUAAGUAUGUAACUUUUGGUAAAAAAAUGUACACAAAGACUAUUAUUUUUUUCGAUUGAAAAUAAUCACUCUUUAUGAGAGAUGUAGCAUUUUCAAUACAAACACUUCCUUAUGAUAUCUGUAAGAUGAAAUUGAUGUUAUGUUAGUAAUAGGUUUGGUUUAUAAUGAAAUGUAAUAUUCUAAGACAAUUUGGCAGGAAAUAUAUCUAUUCAGGGUGUUUUUUACAAAUUCAUUAUAAACUGUUUACAAAAUGGUCACAAAAUCCACUUUCAUGUAGAGUGUAGCAAGUUUGUAUACAGGAAAUCGAUUACAUUGUUAUUACGAUUUUUUUCUUGUCAGGGCCAUGCUUUAAAAAUUUCUCACUUGAAACAGAAAACAAAAAUGUACACAUAUUAUCAAUCUUAGGAGGAUGAGAUCUAGAUGUGUCAUGUGAAUAUAGAAAGUAUGCCUCUUAGGUAUCAACUCUUCUGGCCCUUAGAAUCACUGAUGAGUACUAGAAGGACAAAAUAGCUUAUGAUGCAGUUUACUGUAAUUUAUAUUUUGGCACUUACUCUAUCUCGCUAUCAAUUUGUAUUGAAAGGUGCUAAAAUCUUGUGUAUGUUUUGUAUAAUCCUUCUCUUAGCACCUAUUAUACCUUGAAAUUUCAGCUCCAAUACACCACAAUGUAUCAUAUUGCAAUGUAUCGUAGAGAAACGGAAAUUACAAGUCAAAUCUUAAUUAGAUUGUUAACAUUGGUAACAUACACUGUGAGGUCCUCCAUACACAAUUAAACCUUUUGCUCCAGUAUAGUGUGUAAUAAAACCAACGAUUCUUAUACUUCAGGUGUACGUUGCUAUGUGUGUCAUUAUGCAGAUGUGUUCCGGUGUUGUUGGGUUUCACUGUUGAUUUUGUUGACAAGUUUUAGUUACGUAACUUUGACUACUUUAUAAUCAGUGAUAAGCCGAUGUGUGUUUGAGCGAGUAAAGUAGGUGUAUCUGUGAUGUAUGAUAAACAAAAUUGUACUCUUUUUUUUUCGCGGAAACCAUUUUGAUUAUAGUGCUAACGGUGCAGUGUAUUUAUAACUAUGAUAUUUAUACGACGUGUAUGUACAAGCAAAAUACGUUAUUUCAAAACCAAAUGAAAGUAUUAAAAACUUCCUACAUAAUUGUUUUUGUUAUGUGGCAAAUGGUGAUAUCUUAAGUAACACCUUUUAAUGUUGGUACACAUUAUAAUUUUAAUUUGACUUGCAUUAUGAAAUAUUCCAUUACAGCAUUGCCAUUGUUUGCAUUCAAUAGAUGUUGUCUCUAUGAAUAUUUCUUGAAAGUCCACAGCAGCACUUUGGCCAGGGUUUUUGCUUCUGGUGUGUUGUCCGCACACCUUGAGAUUUGUGUAACCUAACUGAAAUGGUAUAGAUGUAUUUUGAUUGUGUUAAACUAUACACAUAUAUUUUUGUUUUGAUCAAGAUUGUUAUUAAAAGGUACAAUGAAGAAAA